AUGGAUAUUAAAAAGUUCGCAACGUUUUUGAUUUAUUCGUGGUUAACGUAUGGCUUGUCGUCGGAGCCCCUGCCGCCAAAACUACAAUGCCUUACUGGCUAUAUGACGGAUGUGCAGUCUUGGGUGAACAGCAAUGGAAGAUUGACGGAUAUGGCAAAUAAAACAAGCUCCAUCGAUGUUUCCUAUCAACCCAAUUGUAUACGGGAGCUGCAAUUGCAACUGCAGAAGCAUCCUUGCAAUAGCUCCGUAAUAUAUGUAACUUUGGCUAAAUGCCAUCUACGGCAGGUACCCAUGGCUUUCAGAUUCACUGUGGACCAGUGCGGACGAUUGCUAUCAAACGUUUUACAAUAUUUAUCAAUGUAUGGUAAUAAAUUCGGAGAGGAAGGACCAAUCGCUUUAAAGUAUAGAGUGGAAAUGAAUGCGACCAGUGCUGCGACGAUUAAUAGAGAGCCCGUGAGAUGGGGAUCUGCCAAAAUCAUAUGGUCGUCUGGUCUACAAGGAAUGAUGUUUCCACGUCUCCGCGAAUUGGAUUUGCGACUCUGCGGUAUUCAAGAGCUGGAAGACAACGUUUUCAGUGGCAUGCCAAAUCUCGAGAAAUUGUUCCUAGGCGAGAACAACAUAUUUUUAAUAAGCGACAUGACGUUCUCGGGUCUGAACAACCUUGUACAUUUAGACAUCAGCAGAAACUACGAAUACGACAAAAAUGGAACGUAUAGAGGCUUAUACUUUUACAAUUGGCGUGUUUUCCAGAAGAUGCCAGCUUUGAGAUAUUUCUAUAUAACAAUGAGAAACUCGAUGAUGUUGAGUUUGAUAAACAAGGAUGAAGUGAUCGAUGAAAAUGCAAUAUUUAACUACGAUGUGUUUGUGUCGUAUUGUAACGAGGACAGGGCCUGGGUGCUCGACCAUCUUCUGCCAAAUGUAGAGGCAGACUGCACCGUAGGCCUUUCUAUCUUAGAGAACAUAGUUUCUUGCAUGGAUCGUUCGAAAGCAAUCAUGCUAAUCAUUUCGCGGAAGUUCUUACUGAGCCAAUGGUGUCAGUUCGAAAUGCACUUGGCGCAGCAUCGGCUCCUAGAAACGAGACGCGAAGACCUGAUCAUAGUUCUUCUAGAAGAUAUACCGCGUCGCCUUCGGCCGAACACUCUGCACUAUCUGAUGGUGACUAACACGUACAUCGCCUGGCCGAAGGAGUGUGCCGAACAAAAGUUAUUCUGGCGGAGGUUGAAGAAGAGUUUGGUCACACACAAAAUGAAACAGGCGGACAACGUUUCACUGGCA